GCUGCCGGCUCGCGCCCGCGGGUGCACGCCCAUCCUCGCCGCUCCGCUCGGCUGCCGCUGGACGCCUGGGCACCGCGCCUUGCCUUUCUCCCUCUGCCCUCGGCAGUGAGAGCAGACAGACAUGUCUCGGGAGCUGCAGGACGUGGACCUCGCCGAGGUGAAGCCUUUGGUGGAGAAAGGGGAGACCAUCAGCGGCCUUCUGCGGGAGUUCGAUGUGCAGGAGCAGGACAUCGAGACGCUGCAUGGCUCCGUCCAUGUCACCCUGUGCGGGACCCCCAAGGGAAACCGGCCUGUCAUCCUCACGUACCACGACAUCGGCAUGAACCACAAAACCUGCUACAACCCCCUGUUCAACUAUGAGGACAUGCAGGAGAUCACCCAGCACUUCGCGGUCUGCCACGUGGACGCCCCUGGCCAGCAGGAUGGCGCUGCGUCCUUCCCCGUGGGGUACAUGUACCCCUCCAUGGAUCAGCUGGCCGAGAUGCUCCCUGGAGUCCUUCACCAGUUUGGGCUGAAAAGCAUCAUUGGCAUGGGAACAGGUGCGGGUGCCUACAUCCUGACCCGGUUUGCUCUCAACAACCCUGAGAUGGUAGAGGGCCUCGUGCUGAUCAACGUGAACCCCUGUGCCGAAGGCUGGAUGGACUGGGCUGCCUCCAAGAUCUCCGGGUGGACCCAGGCCCUGCCCGACAUGGUGGUGUCCCACCUCUUCGGGAAGGAGGAGAUGCAGAACAACGUGGAGGUCGUGCACACCUACCGCCAGCACAUCUUGAAUGACCUGAACCCCGGCAACCUGCACCUGUUCAUCAACGCCUACAACAGCCGGCGGGACCUGGAGAUCGAGCGGCCGAUGCCAGGAGCCCACACCGUCACCCUGCAGUGUCCUGCGUUGCUGGUGGUUGGAGACAGCUCUCCUGCCGUGGAUGCCGUGGUGGAGUGCAACUCGAAACUGGACCCAACGAAGACCACGCUGCUCAAGAUGGCGGACUGCGGCGGCCUCCCGCAGAUCUCCCAGCCGGCCAAGCUCGCUGAGGCCUUCAAGUACUUCGUGCAGGGCAUGGGAUACAUGCCCUCUGCCAGUAUGACCCGCCUGAUGCGGUCCCGCACGGCCUCCGGCUCCAGCGUCACCUCCCUGGAGGGCUCCCGCAGCCGCUCCCACACCAGCGAGGGCCCCCGCAGCCGCUCCCACACCAGCGAGGGCUCCCGCAGCCGCUCCCACACCAGCGAGGGAGCCCACCUUGACAUCACCCCCAACUCCGGUGCCACGGGGAACAGCGCCGGGCCCAAGUCCAUGGAGGUCUCCUGCUAGGCGGCCUGCGUGACCCCCGCCACUGCCCGGGACUCUGCAGCUCCUCCCCUCGCCCACCCCUCCCUGCCUGCCACCCCCUGUAACUCCGUAUUAACCCAAAGCUUAUUUUGUAAGCGUGAGCUCUGGUGGUGACAGAUGGAGUCUGGCCAGGGUGGGGCAGUGGGGGAACCUAAGGAAAAAGCAUCGCAGUGUCCUGAUGUGGGUGUGCAGUGCCCAGUCCUCCCUCGCCCCCCGCUUGGCGAUGCCGGAGUGCCCGGAACAGAAACCACGUGGCCGCAGGCACUUGCAGGUCCAUCCUCAGCCGAGCUCCAAGGGGCCCGGCAGAGUCCUCACUGCUUCCUCAGCAGCCCGGGACCCACUGGCCGGGCUCUGGAACAGAACCCUUUUCUGAUCCGGCGUAGGGGAGUGUGGGUACCGCUUUUAAGUAGGCAGAGCAGGAAGGCAGGGAAAAAAAAAAAAGGUGGAAUUGACAUGGACGCUGAGACGGGGAGGAACAAAUCUUCGUAGCUAACUUGGAGAAGCUCAUUUGUCAGGUCGGUGGCCCUGUGAGCUUUUGGAUGCAGGAGCAUCCGGCCUGUCUUUCUGGCCUGCUCUCCAGGUGCCGUGAACAUGGGCGGGAAAGCCACGUCUCCCGAAGAGACCGUGUUGGCCAGCAUUUGGGGCUGUGGUUUUUUAAGGCUUUAGCUCUGCUACCUGCCGCCCCCUCCGGCACCCCCUGCCCCAGCCUCUGUCCCCACCCCACAUACAUGAGUGGAGGGUGCGCUUCUGUUCCCAGGGGAGGACGUCUCUGAACUGGAGCUAAAUGUUGUGACACAGUGGGUGCUGGCUGGGAGGGGGUGGGGGCGGGGGCUGGCUGGGGGCUGCUCCCUGGAUGUGGAGGAUUCUUUGUGGCUGUGAUGGGAUCCAGUGGUGUCGUCAUUUCAGUGGCUCCUGGCCUGUUUCCCAGAACCCUCGUGAUUGAGUUAAGUCCGGUCUCCGAUGUUCGGCCGCUGGGGUUGAACCUGAACUUGACCACUGGGCAUUGCUGACCUGGUACUGUUGCGACUUUGCAUAGAAUUUCUGUCCUUGUGGAGGACGCGAGCUCCAGCGGGCAGUGGUUGAGGGAGUACAAGGACUCUGGUCCGCGGGACUCUGCUGCCUUCCCCUCCCCAGCCCCUCUAACCUCUGCCGAGUGGGGCGGCACCCCUGGCAUUCUGGCAAUGUCGGCGUAGCUGUCAAGUCCCUGUACUACUGCCUUUUGAUUUUCAUUUUGGCUAACUAUGGAUUUUCUUAUAGGAAGCGUGAUCAGACCAAAUCGAGCAUUGAAUCAGCCGCUGGGGCCUGGUGAUUUUGGGGGACCCUAGAAUUAGUAGAAGGAAGUGGCCAAGCUUCCCAGGUGACGGAGAAGCCGUGACUCAGUUUACCUGCCACCUGCCCCCUGGGGGACGUCCCCCAGCUUCGCACAGAAAGGUUGGGGGUCAGGUCCAGAAUGGCCCAGCGUGGACCAGAAACCAUGUGUCUAGCCUUUCCAGAGGGGUUUCUUAAUGAGAUAUUUGUAUUUAUUUCCAGACCAAUAAAUUUGUAA